AUGCCUAUGAGGUUGCUUUGCCUUCAUGGGUGGGGCACCAAUGUGAAGAAACGCCAGAUUCUUCAGUCACAGCUGGCCCCGCUCAUGAAAGAUCUUCAGCGCGACAACAGCGCGGUAUUUCACUUCAUCGAGGGGGAGAUCGAAGCAGAGCCAGGCCCGGGGAUCGACGGGUAUUUUGAUGGACCGUAUUAUAGUUACUACAAGUUUCCGCGGACAUUUGAUGACACCGACGAGUCGAUGAUGGAGGCUUACGAACUACUUUACGAUGUGAUCGAAGAAGACGGCCCCUUUGACGGAGUUAUGGGAUUCUCCCACGGAGGAACCUUGGCCUCUGGAUUUCUGAUUCACCAUGCGAAGACUCGUCCAUACGAUCCCCCGCCAUUCCGGUGUGCGAUAUUCCUAAACUCUCUUCCUCCGUUUAGAAUGAACCCCGGAGAAAGCCCCGUCGUUGAUGCGGAUCUUGAAGGAUACCUCACUCUUCCAACCCUUAGCAUUGCCGGAAAGAAGGAUUUUGUAUUCGAGUCCUCCGUUGCUCUGUACAAUCUCUGUGAUCCACGGAAGUCUCAACUCGUGGUUCACGAAAAUGGUCAUGACGUGCCUAGGGAUCCUAAAAACAUAAAAUUAAUGGCCCAAGAGGUUAGGAAGUUAUUCACUGUGUCCAUGUAUUCGUGGUGA